GUGGUGACAAUGGGUGGAAUACAAAGACUCAAGAUAUGGAAAACGAAAGAUCAAUGAAUAAAUGACAAGGCUCAUUCAGCUUUUUUUACCCACUUGCCCUGCAUUAUGAGGCACGACUUCGCUAUAAAGCCUGCGAAUCCCGGCUGGACGCAACCUGGAAAAUGAGAACUUUCGCAGAGUCUGAGUGAACUACACUAAAUCACCAAUCUCGAUACUUUCACCUGUAUUCCUGUUCGCUACCUAGUCUCUGGUCAACGCAGUCUCCCGGAAUACAUUCACUGUGCUUCCAACGGAUAUCCUCCUGAUGAUAGUAGGGUAUCUCCGGCCUGAAGAACAGUCAUCAUUCUUAUUAGCAUUCCCUAGUCUUUUGACUUUGAUGACUCCCGCACUUCUCGCUGUUACUGGUGCCAAUAGGAUAACAGUUCUGCGCUUGCUUGCUACGGCAAAAAUAACCAGGCCCGAUAAUCCGUCACUUUCUGACGAAAGAGGGUGUUUUUACACAGCCUAGGGAUGAUCUUGGCUGUACUCCAUUGUGGUGGGCAGCGGAUGAGGGGCACGAAGAAACGGUAAACCUGCUAUUAGAAAGGCGGGAUGUGAAUCCCGAUAUACCAAAUAAACUUGGUACAGCUCUACUUUCUGUAGCUGCUAGUAAGGGUC